AAUUCUCCGACCGAUCACUAGCCAGCCGAGUAUAGUAGAGAGCAAUCAGCACGUCGUGUCUCUACCCGAGGCCGGAUGGUAAAAUCCAACCUCCAGCGGAUCCUAAACAGUCAUUGCUUUGCUCGCGAGAAAGAAGGAAAACAGCAGUCUUUUACUACCAUGGCGGAUUUAAGUAGUGGCAUUUGUAACAUGAUUGGGAACCUGUCCCUGCACUGUAGUAGUACCCGCGGCCCGGGGCCUCUGUGGUGCUCCGAUGCCCCUCUCCCACCCCUGAAGAUCCCAGGUGGGCGAGGGAAUGGCACACGGGAUCACACUCCUUCAGCUCAGCCGCUCUACUCAGACCGAAAGUUGACUGUAACGGAGGAACCAGCAGGGAAUGGUCGCCCUGGGAUACUCCACUUCCAAAGUUGUCCCACCAUUAGCAAGACUAUACAGUGGGAUGCCAUCCUAAGCAGCAGUGCUCUUUACGUGGAGAUACCUCUUGACCCUCUUCCUGAAGGCAGCAAGGAGAGUUUUGCGGCUCUCUUGGAGUUUGCUGAAGAACAUCUGAAAGUCGUUAGCGUGUUUGUCUGCUUUUACAAAAACCGAGAUGAUCGUGCUAAACUGGUGCGUACCUUCAGUUUCCUGGGCUUUGAGAUUGUGAAACCAGGCCAUGCCCUCGUCCCACCUCGACCUGAUGUUUUCUUUAUGGCCUACAAUAUCGACAGGGACUCCUCAGAUGAGGAGUAGCCCUCUGGACAACCUUCCACCCCGCUUACUUCCCCCUUUUCUUCCCAAUAUACAGUUGUGCUCAUAAGUUUA